AUGUGGGACCACGAGAUCCGAGCCAUGGUGAGCGCCCAUGCCAUCACUGCCUCCUCGGUGCUUGUGGCUACUGUUGCGCUUGCCAUUCUCGUCCCGGGCUUCUCUUUGUACGGCACCCACCUGCUGUGGAUCUACUCUGUGUCUGGUGCCGUUGCCGCGGUCACCGUCGCCAUCUUCUGGCUGCUGGGCAUCUCGCUCCCGACUAGGAAGCACACGCUGGGAUACAAGCUGUCCAGGCUGAUUCGAUCCUGUUUGUACUUCUUCCUGUCCUGCUUGUUCUUCCACACCUUGCUGGUCCUCUAUGGAGCGCCACUAAUUGAUUCUGCUUUGGAGACCUUCUCCCUGGCUGUGCUGCUGUCUUCUCUCACCACGCUCCGCUGUCUCUGCAUGCUCGGCCCGAACGUCCAGGCUUGGAUCCGGGUUUUCAGUCGACAUGGGGCAAUGUCUGUUUGGGACACUUGCCUCCAGAUCACAGUAGCCUUGACAGGGUUGGGAACCUGGUUUGGAGCCUUUGCGAUGCCACUGGACUGGAAUAGACCAUGGCAGGUUUGGCCUAUCUCCUGCAGCCUCGGCGCCAUGUCAGGCUUCCUCUCAGGUCUGGUGGUCGCGCCCACUUACAUCCAUUUCCAUCGCAAGCAGCUCACCUAUAAGUGUAAAUGA